CUUGUCAAGAUCACGUGGCGUUGUGAUGUCAAAGCGUUGAUAUAAUUAAUUAUUUUUACACUUUGCUUUUAGUUUAUCUUUAUCGUUGUUCUGGCUGGACACAUUGAAUUUUGAUAGAUUAAUUGGCUGCCAGUAUGAGAGAAGCUUUUCUUCUGAUCCUCGGAUCACUGUUGUACGUCUCCGGACUUGGUGUGAUGCAAAAGAACUCAGUUUGUCUCACGUAUGUCUCAAUAGUGAGAGAAAACAAAGAUGCUUUAUGGAAAGGAGAUCUAAGUUCUUAUAAUUUAUUCACAUCAAAAUUAUGUCGGUUGUUUACAGGCGAGUGUGAACAUUUUAAAAAACAUGUUCCAUAUGUUAUUGCAAUGAUUGGGAACGAUAUUUCAGCCAUUGAUGUGUGUCGCUUCAUAUCUUCACCUAGCGAAGCUAAAAUUGCUUUCAUGGGAAAGUCUCCAAAGUCGUUUGUUUGUACAGGAUGCAAAACGGUCGUGGAUUUUAUUAAAUUUGAAAUCAAUGUUUUGAAAAAGACAUCUGCUCAAGUGAAGGCGGGGAUCGAGUAUUUGUGCAAACUUUUAGCUCCUCUUAAAGUUCAAGUAGAAGUGUGUAACGAUAUUGUUGAGUACAUUGACAAUAUCAUACAAUGGAUAUUAAAUGGCACUACGCCAGGGGAUGUUUGUGAGAAAUUAAAACUUUGCAACAAUGAAACAAUUACUGACGAAGAUAAAUCAUCGACUCGAAAAUUUCGGUUGGUAACAUUCAGGAAUUUUAAAAAGUUCCCCUACCAUCGUAGUGUAUUAAGUCAUCGAGUAUUCGGACUUCAUCCCAUUGGACGAAGACAGCAUCCUUUCAGACCAAGGCACCAUCCUUUGAGGCCAAGACAUCAUCCCUUCAGACCGAGACACCAUCCUUUUAGGCCCUGGCACCAUCGCUUUUGGCCUCGCCACUUUAGACCACAUCGCAGAGGUCAUCAUGGCCGCCACAGACAUCAUUCGCAUAGACAUCAUUAUGGCCACCACACACAUCACAACCGUACCUAUAGCAACCUCACGCACCACCGUCACCACCACCACCAUUGGAUUCAAGUCAACUAUACCAAGGAAAGAAAUUCUAACAUAAGUUUUCCGUUGUUCGUCCGUUGGUUUAUGAACAUCGCAAAAAUAAGUAUGGGCGAUAAUCACGAGAAUCGAGAGAAGGUUGAAAUAACCGAUGAGGAUGGUGAAGAAAAAGGAACCGAUGUUGAUGGAAAGUACGAAGAAGAAGAAGAAGAUGACUACGAUGAGAAAAAUGAUGAAGAUGACGAUGAAACUGAUACAGGCGAUGACACGUAUGAGAGUCAUGGCGAACACAAGGACGAGUAUACGAAAACUGACACAAGUGAUGGUGUUGAUGAAGAACCUAUUGAUUCGCGGGAAACAGGUAACUCAAGCUAUCCUGAUCAACCAGCAUGGGUUAAAGAUGGAGAAAACACGGACCUUAUAGCUGAUAACACCGAAGAAAAUUUUGACUAUGGUCCUGCAUAUGAUGAAGCAAUAAAACCAAUUCUUCCAACUGUCCCAACUAAACCUAUUGCGCCAGAUAUCGACUUUGAUUUACGCGAAUCUGUCGGUAAAAGUAUACUUAGAGGCUUUUUGGGAAAUGAAUAUUUUCCAAGUGGAAAAAAAAUUGAAAAAAAGAUUAAAUCGGCGAUGAAGAAGACUAAAAUACCUGAUUUUGGUAUGACGGAAUUUAAACACUUGAAAUUUCCUGGACUGGACCUCGAUGAUGAUGAUGAUAAGAUGAAAAAAGAAAUGGGUCUGGAUAAAAUUAGAGAAAAAGUUGGUGGAGAUAUUUUAAAAAUGGCGGGAUUUGAUAUCGAUAAAAUGAGGCAAGAGAUGGGCUUGAAUAAAUUAAAAAUUCCUGAACUGGACUUCGAUAAGAUGAGGAAAGAAAUUCUCAAAGAUCCUAUGAUGAAAGGAUUUGUUAAAAAAAUUGGGAAAGGAUUUAAAAGAUUUGGUAAAAAGUUUGAAAAGAUUGCGAAAAAAAUAGAAAAAGCAAUGACUAAACGCUUCGGUAAUGGCACUGGCCUCUUCAAAAAUGGAAUUGGUUGCACAAUUUGUAAGACAAUUGUUACUUUUAUAACAUGGGAAGUAAAAACAGUGAAUGCGAGCCUGGAAACUGUCGAGAAGGCUGUCAAAGCCAUGUGUGCUUUGUAUCCGAUCAAGAUUGCAACCGAAGUAUGCGAUGAAAUUGUUGACAAAGUUGAUGAGGUCGUCCAACUUGUCGAAGAAGGUGUCGAACCUGGAGAUGUCUGUGAAAGAUUAAAACUGUGCAAUUCCACUCAACAACCAUCUCAUUUCACUUCUCUUUUUGUCUCAUUUUCCCCGCCAGCACGUGAUUCUUCCCUCUGUGCAUUCGUCAAAACUGUUCACGAAACAGCAGGGGGCGGUGCCAUGAAGUUGUGGACGACGGCAAAAGGGGAGCUGGUCGAGUUUUGUCAGAAAAAUCAAAUCGAAUCAAAAUGCAACCCUCUCUAUCGUAUCUUCGAGAAAACCGAACGUCAAUUAUCCGACGUUAUUACGUUUAACGACACAGAAAAUGGAACAUGCUUUAAAAACCAACCAAAACCACCCUACCAUCGUAAUAAAUGCAAGGUGUGCAAUAUGUUUGAACGGGGCUUAGUCGGUGGUUUAAAAGAAAUGAACGAUAGCAUGGAACUUCUUGCUAUAACACUUGAUCAAAUGUGCUCCAUUUUGGACACGCCGCAGUGUAUGGAUAUCGUGACAAAAUUUCGUUCAGCUUUCCAGCAUUUCGAACAGUUCAAACCAGGUCAGAUGUGCAAAACGAUCGGCUUCUGUAACAACAAGACAGAAAAGAAAAUCAUAGAAGCUAUGGUGAAAAAGCACGUUAAGAAAUUGAUGGAAAAACUCCUCCCCGAAAAUGAUGGAUUCGGUGGCUGGUAGGAGAUUAAGAAAGGAAGAAUUAUUUUGUAUAUAAGACAUUUGUAACUUUUUUUUAAUUAUUUUAUUCCACUGCACCUCCUUGGCAAUAAAAUGAAAAAUUCCGGUAAAAAGAACAAAAUAAGAUAGCAUAAAACCAAAAAUAAUAUUAUACGCCAUGCAAAAAAAAGUUUAUUAUUGUAAAAUUUUAUUUUUUCUGGCGACAUUUUUUUAUGUUUUUUCUAAUGUAAAAUAUAUUUGCAGCUUCA